AUGUUAGCUCACAACGAAAUGACCAGACCUCCGCCUGAUCAGCAUCACCAGCAUCGGGAAGACUACCGGGCCACUCGCGCACGCGUCGAGGAUGAUGUCCGGGACCCCGACCGAAGAGGCUUCCAUCCGUCCUCUGUGCCUCGAGAACGCCACUCUGAAUCUCGUCCAGCUCCGCGAGACAGUCCUCCGAGACACCCUCCAUCGCGCGACCGGAAUGCUGCCGAGCGCAUCUAUCGAGAUCCGCCAGCACUCGAGAACAUCCACCACCAUCACCAUCAAAGUCUGCCUGCAGGAGCUGAGCCAGUCGAGCCGAUCCCAAACGGGACAGUACCGAACCCUAGUAAGAUCUAUAUCGGCGGGCUGCCUGAGCUCACCAGACCCGAAGACCUUCAGGACUGCUUCUCUCAGCUAGGCCGGAUCAAGAACGUCGAACUCAAGACCGGCUACGGAUUCGUGGAAUACGAUAGUCCACAAGCGGCAUGCGAUGCGGUCUCAAAAUAUCAUGAAGGCACCUUCCUGGGAUCUCACAUCAAAGUUGAACUCUCUCACGGCGGAAGUCGACCUCGCCAUGUUGCCGUUUCCAACAACCCAGAAGCUUGCUAUACAUGUGGGAUCAUCGGACAUUGGGCCCGAGACUGUCCUGAUGCAGAGAGCUCGUUAUAUUCCAAGCGUCGAUUACGCGCCCGCUCACUCACCCCGCCUCGCCAUCGAGAGAAUGCGUACAUGAGCCGGGACCCUAGACCGGAGUUGGAGCUUGCAUCCCAGGAACAUCGCCACCAUCGUCGCCGAAGCCCUCUGGGAGAGAUCGACUACACGCGUGUGGACCGAGAAAGGUUGCCGCCCUCGUCCCGAGAAAGCUACUUCCAACCCGCCCACUUUGAAGACAAGCGUCAUCGCCCGGAGAUUUCCAUACGAGAUCGCGAACGCGAUGAGCAGAGGGCGCUCCAUCUCAAAGUCUUGCCCCGGGGCGAAGAUCACAGGGCGCCCUACAUGAUCACUCCUUCUCGCUCACGCUCUCCCCCGCCCGGCUCGCGUGACUACUACAUGACCGAUCGCACCCGUGCGGCGGAUCCGUAUUCGCUCCGACCUUUACCCCGAGACGACUACCAAGGUCGGGUGCAUAUGCUGAAACCGCAUGCCGCUGAGCCGGCGUACUAUCGCAAUCAUGUCCGCGCUCCCGAAGUCACUCGUGUCGGCAGAUACGAGGAUAGGUCGCCGGUGAGACCCAGCUGGGCCCACCCCGUCGAAAGACUCGUCGAGCCUCCCCGCGUCGACCGAAGAUACGAAGCGGUUGAUCCAAGAGUGGCAGCCAGAGGCCAUUCCCCCCGUCGAUCCCUCGGCCGGAUCCACUCCCCGCCGGCGUACGAACACACAGGAUACGCCCGACCCCCCUACCCCAUCCGCAGAUAG